AUGGCUUACGGCAAGCUCCGCGUGCCUGGUUUCUCAAAUUACGGCAGUUUCUUGUCUCUUCUAGCACUUACACUUUAUGUGCUUGUCUAUGUGGAUGAUAUUGUUAUCACUGGCAGUUCAUCUGAUGAAAUUAAUUUUUUUGUUCAGCAGUUACAUAAUGAGUUUGCUUUAAAGGAUAUGGGUGAGCUUCAUUAUUUUUUGGGUAUUGAAGUCAGUCGGUCUUCCUCUGGGAGUCUUCAUUUGUCUCAGCGCAAAUACAUUCGCGAGCUUCUUACUCGAAGUUCUAUGGCUAAUGCCAAAGGUGUUCAUACUCCAAUGGUGAGUUCAUCUGUUUUGUCUAAAAGUGAGGGUGAGCCGCUGGCAGACCCAACUGAAUAUCGCAGUCUUGCGGGAGCACUGCAAUAUGUUGUUCUAACUCGUCCUGACAUUGCUUAUGCUAUUAAUCGGGUGUGUCAAUUCAUGCAUGCUCCCACUUCUUCUCAUAUGGUGGCUUUAAAACGAAUUUUGCGAUAUUUAUGUGGAACUCUUUCUCAUGGGUUGGUAUUUCGUCCGUCGGAUCGUCUCUCGUUGGUCGGUUAUGCUGAUGCAAAUUGGGGUCUUGAUUUUGAUGAUCGUCGGUCUACCACGGGCUACUGUGUCUAUUUUGGCCAUACUCCUAUCUCAUGGUGUUCUAAAAAGCAGACAGUUGUUUCUCGCUCUAUGGCAGAGGCCGAGUAUCGCAGUUUAGCUGCAGCCACUAGUGAUGUGACUUGGCUUGUCUCCUUACUAGCAGAACUCAAGGUCAAUUCGGUUGAUCUACCGACUGUAUGGUGUGACAACUCUAGUGCCGUAGCUGUUGCGGCUAAUCCGGUGGCCAGUGGAGACUUGGUUGUUGGUGAGGUUCUCGCUUGUGACCAGGUGGCCGAUAUUCUUACUAAACCAUUAUCAGCAUCUCUGUUUAGUCGGUUUCGUAGUCUUCUUCGGGUGUUGCCCCUUGAGGAAGCUGGGUGA